AUGGCUGAGAUCGCAAGUCAACAAUCUCAGCAACCUCCAACACUUCAACAACCCCAACAACCCCAGCCUGCCCAUUCGACUCAGCCAUCUCAAUCAAUUCAACCUUCGCAAUCCCCCUUCUUAACUUCAACCAAGCAACCGAGCCAAUGGCCAGUAUGGGAUGGAUCGACUACAUCCCUCAAUGCCCACCUAUUCCUUCUGAGAAUUAAGAUUGAAGAGGAUCGAGCUGUACUCGGCUCUGAUAGAGCUAUUUGUUUUGAUAUUUUUCGCUCUGUCCCGUCAGAUAAGCAACCAAGAAUCUUAAACUGGCUUGAAACUGGUGGUUUUGAUAGUAAUUGUAAUUGGAAUUAUUUUCUAGAUCACCUGAAGGAAAAAUUUGAGAACAAGUUAGCCCGCCAAACAGCAGCUAAUCAACUCGGUCGAAUGCAAAUGGGUGCCACUCAGUAUUUUGUGGACUACCUUAAGGAAUAUGAGUUAAAGAUUUCACAAUGUGGAAAAACAUGUUGGACAGAUGAAUAUAAAAUAAUGCAUCUAGAAAUUGCCAUCAAAGCCCCGCUUUGUCAGCUGCUGAUGAACAAAAACUUGCAGGAAGACGAUUACGCUAAAUGGAUUUCCAAAGUUAAAAGAAUCUCUGGUCGUCUUGAAAAUUCACUGUCUUAUCAGCCCCGUGGCUCUUCGGGAAGCAAGACGUGGUAUGUGGCCCAUAAUGGAUCGAACCCGCAAGUACUAUCUCAAACGCCAACAUCGAACCAACAGCUGGUCAUAGAUGCAGAUGGGGAUACAAAAAUAGGUGGUGUCAAUGCCUUAAAAAUUCUUCAAACAGCAAUUAUGGCCCUCAAUGCAGGACAUGAUAAUACUGCCGACAACAGACCCAGAGCUAAGUGGAGGUUAAAAGAUGAAUUUCAAAGGCUUUCAAACGAAGGUAAGUGCAUAAGGUACCGAAAAACGGGACAUAAAUCUCGAAAUUGCCCUACUUACCGACCAGCUAUUUGGCCAAAAGAAAUUGCUAGUCUCAACAGCUCACAGCUCACAGAUAAAAGAAUCUGA